CGCUGGACUUUAACAGCUGCACAGGAAGUCCAGCACCACCGAGAGGAGACGUCUGCUAGCUAACUGCUGCUUAGCACCUCGGCCGACGCUCUUCAAACCGUUUAAAAAAAAAAAAAAAAAAAACUAAAUGAACCCCGAAUUGCUGGCAUCAUUCUGUGAGUGAAUGAUUCUCCGGUCGUCGGUAGCGGGGCGAUGUCGGACCGAAAGCGAAGACGAGAGAAGGACGAGCGAAGCGAACACAAGAAGCACAAGUCCUCCAAACAGGAUUUGGAGAAACUCAAAACACACACGAAGAAACUCAACCAAGAAGUCCAGCAGCUGAAACACGUCGAGACGUUCUAUGAGAAACCUCCACCGGGACUCAUCAAGGAGCACGAGGACAAGCCGGAGGACUGUAUCCCCGCGGAACCCGGAAAUGAAGCAGCCAGGACCUUCCUGGCCAAGGCUCCCACCCGGGGGCUGUGGAUGCCUCUGGGGAAGGAGGUGAAGGUGAUGCAGUGUUGGAGAUGUAAGCGCUACGGCCACAGGACGGGAGACAAGGAGUGUCCCUUCUUCAUCAAGGGCAACCAGAAACUGGAGCAGUUCAGAGUGGCUCACGAAGACCCGAUGUACGACAUCAUUCGAGAAAACAAAAGGAACGAAAAGGAAACCAGGAUCCAACAGCUGCAGAAGUUGCUUCAAGACACCACUUCCUCCAGCUCGGACAGCUCCUCUUCCUCCGCCGACCACCAUCGCGGCAAGAAAAGGAAAAAGAGGAAGGAUAAAAAGAAGAAAGACAGAAAGAGGAAAGGGAAACGAAAGCACAAGACCUCAGACUCCUCGGACUCGGAUUGAGUGUUAUGAACAUGUACUAAAUGUACUCGUAAACUGAUUGAAGUGUGUCCUGCAGAGCGACCUCGGUGGCAACGGCUCUCCGAAGAGCCGCUUGAGCCUUUUUCUCUGCUGGGUAACACGGUACAAACCAAGUCCCCCGCUGAGCGCUCUCCAGGACCGUAGAACAACACGGAGCCAUAUGGCACCGCUGCCUAACUGCGUUUGUGCAUAUGUGUGUCAGGAAGCGUUAGCUGCAUGCCUAAUUAAUCUUAAGUGAUACAAAACAAGCCCGCUGCUGUGCGAGAUGAUGUUCUCUUGUGGCCUCCGAUGAGAUAGCAUGUCGGCGAAUACGGCAUGUCGUUAAAAGAUUGUGUUUUCCACCAUAUUUUUGUAUCGCCGCCAUCUCUCUGUCAUUAAAUACUUUAAUUGCAGAGUGUUAAAUGCAGAGGGGUGGAAAGAAAGACAGAAAUUAGUAGAGUUAUAGUUUGUUUCCCACACAGGCUUGAAUGUUUGAGUGCUUGUGACUGUACAUAAAUAUUUGGAAUGAUUUGAGGUUGGAAUAUGCUUAUUUGCUCUGAAAGAAAAAAAAAGCCACAGAGAUGGGAAAGAAUGUAUGUGAAUGUGCGCCCUUAUUCUGAGAAUAAAGAUUACUCUUUCUCCAA